GAGAUACCAUUUAUCCUUUAUUACCCAAUAGCGAUCUCUCCAGGCAGUGGGCAGAUUCUCCCCAGGGGCAGGUGGGGCAGUUGGUUGCGUGGACUCCAGGCUGUACAAUGGGGCCUGUUCUCCUUGUUCUCUUUCUAACUGGCCUGGAUCUGGUUUGGUCUGAUUCCUCUGGAGACUCUUGUCUAGAAAGCUUCUCUGAGGGCAAACAGGACUUUGUGUUGGACCUGAAUGAUUCUGUGAGCAGUGGGGCCACCUUCCUGUCCUCUCCCAACCUGUCCAACCUCAGGGACUGCAAAGCAGCUUGCUGCAGGACUCUGGGCUGUAACCUGGUUCUGGUCCAACCUGGACACAGAGAUGAAGACACAAUCCACUCCUGUUUCCUCCUGAACUGUGUCUACCAGCAAGAGUUUGUCUGUAAGUUCUCCAGGAAGCAGGGUCUGGUCAGCUAUGUCACCAUGGGGGUCCAGGAGGCCCUUCUAACCAGGAGGAACCAGCUGGAAGGUGACGAUGACCCUCCGCUAGCCAGGGUGAGCCGUGAUGUGAAGACACAACCUUUACAAACUGUGACUCUGAGUGGCAUUGAGAGUUGGGACAAGGAGGGAAUCGCGGACUACAAAUGGAUUCUGCUGGAUGGGGACCCUGCUGUAGUUAUGGAGCGAAUAGAUGAUGAGCCGUAUUUACUGAUCGUGUCAAACCUAGAAAGAGGUCAAUAUAUUAUUGAACUGAUCGUCACUGACACGUCUUCACAGACCGGCUCGGCCACCACCACCAUUACCGUCCUGUCGAAGGAGGAAACCGAAGAAUACUGUCUCGCUCCCAUGAAGGUUGGGAGGUGCAGGGCCAAAUUUAUGCGUUGGUAUUAUGACCCGGAGACCAACGACUGUAAAGAGUUCACUUAUGGUGGCUGCAAGCCGAACAAGAACAACUACGUCCGGAAGGAGGACUGUUUACAAAGCUGCCGAGAUGUACCAGAGCAAUCCCAUAAGGAGAGCAGACGGCUGAAUCCAGUAUGCGAUGGACACUGUCUCCGGACGCAGUUCCAGUGUGCCGAUGGCUGCUGUAUCAAUGCCGCCUUGGAGUGCGAUGAUACGCCAGACUGCAGUGACCAAUCCGAUGAGGCGUCUUGUGAGAACUAUGAUAAAGGGUUCAAGACUCUGCAAUUAUGGGACGAUCCGAACAAUAAAGCCCGCUGUGUGGAAUUUCCGGACACUGGUUCCUGCCGUGCCAGUUUCUCUCGUUGGUACUAUGACCCGGAAUCCAUGACGUGUAUGGCCUUCACUUAUGGUGGUUGUGGUGGCAAUGGCAACAACUUUAAAUCAGAACGUGACUGUUUAAGAUAUUGCACAGGAAUUUCUGAUCGUGACAUUUUUGAUAAAAGCCAUUUAGACCCAGAGGCUCGUGAGGCCGGUUCAGGCUCGGUUGAAGUGGCGAUUGCCGUGUUUCUUGGGAUCUGUAUUCUUAUUGUCCUAGCGGUGAUUGGUUACUGCUACAUGAAGAAGAAGAAGGCCAGUCACCGACGGCAGCCAAACGUGAACAAUUCUGCCGUCUUGAACACCGAAGACACAGAGCAUCUCGUGUACAAUCGGACCACCAAACCAGUCUGAACCCAAACAUUGUUCAUUACGUGAAUUAUUCAAUGACUUCACUCCUGCAAGCGAUUCAGUAUCUGCAAGAACGACACGUGUGUUUUACCGCUCGUCCUCCGUGUUCCUUAUCAGCUGCCGCAGGGAAACGAUGGCACCACGGAGGUUGAAUUGGUGGCUCCAGCGAUCGUAAUCUUUCCUGAUUUUAGAAUAUAAUGUACAUUUUAUUUUUAAUAUUGCAAUAUAAGACGUCAAUAAAACAAGCAGAGAUCCCCAGUCUGGAAGAAGAAUUGACAUCGGAGGGAAGUGGACGGGUUCUUACUGGUAAAUUAUAAUGGGGUAACACGUUCCCUUCAGCUUACUUCCAAUAACAGGGGGAAAUGUUAUGGUCUCAAAACAAUCUGCUUGGGCAGAAACUAAGGGGGAGGGGGCAACUGUUUUCUUUUUCUUUUUUAUUAUUUUUUUCUUAAGAAUGUUUGACAUUUUUUGUAACCUUGGUGUGUAAGUAGCUUUAUUGUAUGGAAGUAUAAUGUUUGUGAUAAUAGAUGAUUUGUAGAAUUGCACUGAUUUUUGUUUUUUAUGUAAACUGCCGCAGAGACUUUAAUGUGUUGGGGGAGAAUUAUAAAUGUGGUCGGGCAUUCACCUGAAGCAAAUAUUCGGGAUUCCAUCGGUUCCCAUGGUGAUCGCCCAACGUUUCUAUACAUCUGUUCCAAAAUGCCCAUUUUUUUUAUUUUCAUUUUUUUCAAACUGAGCCUAUAUUAAUAUUUUCCAUAAAUUAAAUUCGUACAGAUUGAUCUUA